AGCCAGAGCGGCCCCGUCCGCCCUGGCGUCCCGCCCCCGGGGCUCCCUGCGGUUCCUUCCCGCCCACUGUCCUCCGCCGCCAGUUCUCAGACUCUGGGCAAAGCCCACCCGGUCCGCUGAGCAGGGCCGGCCCUCUGUCUCCAGAGGGGAGCCACCACCCUGCGCUGGGCCAUGGCCGAGCCUGGAGAGCAACUGCCGGAGGAGGUGCUGGCGCUCAUCUUCCGCCACCUGCCCCUGCGGGACCGUGCUGCUGCCGCCAGGGUCUGCAGAUCCUGGGCUGCUGCUGCCACCUGCAGCGUUGUGUGGCACGACACGAACAUCAGUUGCGACAGUGAGCGAGAAGGCGUGCUGCCACCAUAUCUGUCCGCCUGCCUGGACCACAUUCACAACCUACGUCUGGAGUUUGAGCCCUCGAGGGAGCCGAGCCGCCGGGCGGCCACGCAGUUGCUGACCGCACUGGCGAGCCGUACCCCUGGACUUCGAGGCCUACGCCUGGAGUGCCGCGGGGAGAAGCCGCUCUUCGACGCGGGCCGCGAUGUCCUGGAGGCCGUGCAUGCCAUCUGCCGGGCCGCCCGUGCGCUGCGCCACCUCGACCUGCGGCGCUUGCCCUUCACACUGGAUGACGCGCUGGUGCUGCAGGCGGCACGCGGCUGCCCCGAGCUCCGCAGCCUUUUCCUGGACAACGGUACACUGGUGGGCAGCGUGGGGCCGGACUCUGUGCUGGAGCUACUAGAGGCCUGCCCGCAACUGCGCGCCCUCGGCCUGCACCUGGCCAGCCUUUCGCGCACCGCUCUCGAGGCGCUGGCGGCGCCGGAUCGCGCGCCUUUUGCGCUCCUGGCCGUGCGGUGCGCGUGCCCCGAGGACGCCCGCGCGCCGCCUCUGCCCGACGAAGCCUGGGCAGCGUUGCGCCGCCGCCACCCUGAGCUGGCGGUGGAGCUGGAGCUGGAGCCCGCGCUGCCUGCCGAGACUGUGACGCGCGUCCUGCAGCCUGCGGUGCCCGUGGCUGCGCUUCGCCUCUGCCUCUCUGGGGACACUGUAGGGCCGGUGCGCUUCGCAGCGCGCCACUACGCCGCAACCUUGCGCGCGCUGGAGAUCCGCGCAGCCGCCUCGGCGGAGCUGGACGCCGCACUGGAGUUGCUGGCUGCACGCUGCGUGGGCCUGCGCGAAGUGCACUGCUUCUGCGUGGUGCGACCCUCAGUGCUGCACGCCUUCCGCGCGCACUGCCCGCGCCUGCGCAGCUACACACUCAAACUAACGCGGGAGCCACAUCCCUGGCGGCCCACGUUGGUGGCGUGAUAGGGCAAGCGCU